AGUGUGACUAAAUGGACUCAAAUGAGAAUAUAGUGAAUGAGAGACGGCCACUGAGGGUGACAUACCACAUCAGCCGAAAAGUGUACAAUGAAGAAGAAUUCCAACAAGAUCAUGACCAGAAGAUUUAUGCCACACCCACCAGGGAAUUUGAUACCCCUCCAACGAGGCGGAAAAUCCAGUGCAGAUUCUCGUGGGUACUCUUCCGGAAGUUCAUUCUCAAUGUGUUUCCCUUUCUAAACUGGCUUUGUUCAUAUCGUGUCACUGAAUGGAUUUUAGGAGACAUACAUGCUGGCAUAAAUGUAGGGAUGGUGCAGAUUUUUCAAGGGCUGUCAGGAAUAGUGAUAACCGGACUACCACUACCAGUUAUCAAUAGUUUUUAUUCUUCAUUUUGCUGCUCUCUAGCAUAUGUCAUAUUUGGAACUUCACGUCAUAUGUCCAUUGGUUCUUUCAGCAUUUUGAAUGCAAUGGUGGCAAAUUUUCAGAACACCCUUGAUCUCAACUUAAGAAUGCCACUUAACGGAACUGUGGCCAACUUCUCAGAUGCAGCGUUUAUGGUCAAUUAUAUGGAAGUAUUAACUUACACUGCAUCUACGACCUUUUUGGUUGGGAUUAUACAGCUGCUCUUAUGCUGCAUUGGCUUGGGAUUUGUCACAACAUAUCUGUCAGAAAGUCUCAUCAAUGCUUACCUCACUGCAGCAGCACUACACGUUAUUAUCUCCCAGUUCUCCUUCAUUUUUGGGAUUGUAAUUGACUUCCAUUCAGGACCCUUGGCAUUUUUUUACAACUUGGUGUAUUAUUGCAUGGGCCUCCCAAAAGCUAAUUCCACCAGUAUACUGCUCUUCUUGCUAUGUGUACUAAUGCUGAGAGUCAGCAAAUGCAUUAAGAUAACUUACAAACAUAGUCCCGUUGAGUUUCCUAUGGAGCUUCUUUUGAUUAUUGUAUUUACCAUACUUUCCACCCACACCCAUAUGUACGCUGAAUCCAGUAUGGGAGUUUUUUCAAUGGCCCCCCAGAGAUUUCUGCAUCCUACAUUACCUGACUUUUCAAACCUGAAAAAGAUUUUAUUGCACGCUUCAUCCCUGGCCAUAGUGAGCUAUUUUCUUCUCAUUUUUGUGGCAAAGAAGUAUGGAAAUAUUCACAACUAUCACAUCAGACACACUCAGGACUUGAUGGCAAUUGGGCUAUGCAAUGUCACCAGUUCAUUUUUUAAAAGUUUUGCUGUCAGUUGUGCUCUUUCUACAACUGUUAUUCAGGAGAAGACAGGUGGAAAAACUCAGCUUGCAGCUCUCAUUGGAGUUUCCUUAAUGUUGGCAGUUGUGUUAAAGCUGGGGACCUACUUCCAGUACCUUCCUAAUGCUGUUGUGGCUGCUAUUGUACUGGUCAACAUGUUCCCAUUUCUUGAAAAAUUUAUGGAUAUCCCUUUCUUGUGGAGGCAAGAUAAAUAUGAUUUUGGAAUUUGGAUUGUGACCUUUCUGUCUGUAAUCUGUCUUGGUCUGGAUAUUGGCUUGGGAAUUUCUAUGGGAUUUGCCUUCUUCAUAAUAAGUGUGCGGUCACACAGAAUGAAGAUGUUGACACUGGGUCAGAUUCCAAACACCAAUAUUUAUCGCAGUUUUUCUGACUAUCCUGAGGCUAUAGAGAUUCAGGGGGUGAAAAUGUUCCAGUGCUGUGCCUCCAUUUCAACUGCAAAUAUGAAACAUUUCAAAUCCUAUAUUUUACAUAAGAUGGACCUGAAGGCUGUGCCACUUGAUGAACAUGAAAUGAGAGCAUUGAUGUCAGUCAGUAUGUCUAGCGUUAGACAGAAAAAGGAUUUAAAUUGUACCUGUGUUUGUGAGCCACCUGAAGCAUUACCCAGGGUACCUUACACAGAGAAACUUCUAAGGCGGGUUCGUACAGCUAAUGAGAUAUCAUCUGCUUCUUCUUUGGCAUUAAUACGCUGGUCAAGAAUUGAGAGCAGAUACCCUUCUGAGAUUCAUUACAUAGAAAGGGAAACGGGACAGGAGUAUGUAAAGAGAAAAGAAGAUCUCAACAGGUUAUGGUUUUGCUCAGACCCUCCUGUCACGAGAUCCACAACUCAUUUGCACCCACUUGAAUCAGAGACGUCCACUUAUAUGAUCCACACCAUUAUUUUAGAUUUCAGUAUGGUGCACUUUGUUGAUCUACAAGCUUCCUAUUUAUUACGAGAGCUGUGUCAUGCAUUUCAGAAUAUUGGUAUCACAAUCCUGAUAGCUGCCUGCCAUCCCACUGUAAUAAGGACCUUUGAAAAGCAUGAUUUUUUUGACCAGCGUGUUACUAAAGCACGGUUCUUUCCAACCUUACACGACGCAGUACUCUAUGCAGUGGAGCCAGAACUCUUGGAAGAGACUGUGCCAGUAGAACCUAGUAUUAACCUGCCUGAGGAAGUGUUGGCUGAAGUAACUCUAAAUGAGGAAAAGGAUAGAAGUCAACACUCAGGGAGGAGUCCUCAUUCAGAUAGGAGGAGCAUGCAGUCCAAUGGGAACAGAGAAACUACCUCAAUCAAAAGUGUACAGAGCGAAACUUACAUUGAUGAGCCCAUAUCAGAUCUUUUCCGCACUUAUUCUCUCCAGAGUGAUAUAGAGCCACUCCCUCAGCUUGAAACAUCUCCCAUUGAGGAAGAUGAAGAUGAUCAAGACUGGGAUGGAAAAUGGAAAUAUAACAGUGAUGUCUAAAUUAUGAGAUCUAUUAGAAUUAGCUACAUUAAAAAAUGGUGCAUAAGUGACAUGA